AUGGUGGUCUUGCUUGACGACGGUGGUGGUCGUUAUAGGCGAUGGUUUGUGGUGGUGGUCGGCGACGGCGGUAGUGGCGGAGCAGCGGUGGGGUGGUCUGUGGUUGUGGUCGGCGAUGGCGGUGGUGGCGCGACGGUGGUGGUGGACGGCGGUGGAGACGGUGGUUGGUGGGGGUGGUCGAUGGCGGCGGUGGCAGUGGUCGAUGGCGGCGGCGGUUCAGGAUUGGACACCGCGUACUUACUGUUAUACGUUGAUGAUAUUGUCCUCACUGCUUCCACUGAUGCUGUUCUGUGCCGUUUUAUUGACAUGAUGAAACGAGAAUUUUCUAUGACUGAUCUUGGUCCGUUACGUCAUUUUCUGGGUAUCUCUGCUACUCGCUCAUCCUCAGGAAUAUUUUUAUCUCAGUCAUUAUAUACGAAGGACAUCAUUGCUCGUGCAUCCAUGAUGAAUUGCAAUUCGGUAUCUACUCCGGUCGACACUCAAUCCAAGCUCAGUGAUGCAUCUGGUCCUUCAGUUGCGGAUCCUACGUUAUACAGAAGCUUAUCCGGGGCAUUACAAUAUCUCACUUUCACUCGACCAGAUAUAUCUUAUGCAGUUCAGCAGGUUUGUCUAUUCAUGCACGAUCCUAGAGAGCCUCACAUGCACGCUCUUAAGCGCAUACUUCGUUAUCUUCAGGGUACUAUUGAUCACGGUUUGUUUCUCUCCGUUUCCAAUAUUUCCGGCUUAACUGCAUACUCUGAUGCUGAUUGGGCGGGCUGUCCAGAUUCACGUCGGUCUACCUCUGGUUAUUGUAUCUUUCUUGGAGACAACCUAGUCUCUUGGUCCUCCAAGCGUCAGGCAACAGUUUCCCGCUCUAGUGCUGAAGCAGAAUAUCGAGGGGUUGCCAAUGCUGUUGCUGAAACAACCUGGCUUCGGAAUCUUCUUCUUGAGUUACAAAUACCACUACGGCGUGCCACCUUGGUUUAUUGUGACAAUGUGAGUGCUAUAUACAUGUCUGGUGAUCCGGUUCAGCAUCAACGUACUAAACAUGUGGAAAUUGACAUACAUUUUGUUCGUGAGCGCGUUCGUAUUGGUGAUAUUCGUGUCUUGCACAUUCCCUCUGAGAAUCAAUAUGCCGAUAUCUUCACCAAGGGUCUCCCUAGACAACUCUUUAUUCGCUUUCGUUCUAGUCUAAGCGUUUGCUCCUCUCACGCUAAGACUAAGGGGGUGUAA